GCUCUCUUUCCCUGAGCUAGGUUUCUAUUGUAGGCGGUGCAUUCCUUGGGAGGGAGGGUGUGUGUGUGUCGGUGCCUUCCCACACUCGGGGCAGCUCUUAUUUAAUGGGGGUCUCCAUGCAGGGCAGACACCAGAGGAGAUUUUGCCGUUCCCAGUUCCCAUCCAGGAACAGCAGCAGCUCGUACGUCAGGCGCCGGCAUGGACCGCGUGGCUGAGAUAACCCUGGAGGAGGCGGCUCCUGGGACCAACCAAGCCUCCAGGAUGCACCUCAGGGAGGAUUUGAGGAGGAUACGGUGCGCGGUGCUGCUGUGCCUGCUCUCCGUGCUGGUCCUGGCGCUGCCCACUGCCUACCUGCUGGUUGGAAACCUCAGAGACCCCAGCUCCUGCGCCGGCCAGGUCACAGAAGAGAGGGGCUCUCGCUUUCUGAAGCAGCGGGCAGUAAGCGCCGCUACAGAUACACUUUCCAGUGCAGAAAAGCCAAGAGCACACCUGACAGUGAAGAAACAAGACAACGCCAAGACCACGGGAAACCAUCUGCCCAUCCUGCAGUGGGAAGACAAGCGAGGCUUGGCCUUUACCAAGAACAACUUGAGUUAUUCCAGCAACGCACUGGUGAUACCUGUGUCUGGGGACUACUAUGUCUAUGCUCAGGUCACUUUCCGAGGGACCAUUGAAUGGUCCGGUAAAACAAACUCUGUCACUGAGAUCAUCACCAAAGUCACUGACAGUUACCCCGAGCCCACCCAGCUGCUGACCGGCACCAAGACCCUCAGUGAAACGGAAAACAGCUGGUUCCAGCCCAUUUAUCUGGGCGCCGUGGUCUCCUUAGAAGUAGGGGACAAGCUAAUGGUCAACGUUAGUGACAUCAAGCUGGUUGAUUACACCAAGGAGCACAAAACUUUCUUUGGUGCCUUUUUACUGUAGGUCCCUGGCAGCAGCUGGUGGGGGCUUCCCUUCAGGGCCCUGGUGGGACCUUGGCUUUGUGGGCGCGCGUUGGGGUGCGAUCUCUGUGCUGUCAUCCUUCUUCUGUGCUGUCACUCCCCUGCAGCUCCCUGCAGCCUUAAAUUAAGGGGUAGGGAAAGCUGAAGCCACAGGCUGAAUUGACACAAACCAAAAAAAAAACACCCAAAAAGAAACUCGAAAAAAAACAGAAAAAUGAAAGUCAGAUUGGAGGAAAAAAUAUAUUUUUGAAAGUAAAAACCGAGAACUCUUCAAAACUAUGUAAGCUAGGGAGGAACAGUUUAUACCCGUGGAUAGGAAUAUUGAUCAUGGAUAUUGCAGCUAGGUUACAUCACUAAUUCCACCUCUGAUGAACAACUGCUCAACUCAAAAAAGUGUUUUGAACUUUCUCCAGCACUUCCAGUAUAGUUUUGCAUGACCCUUCUUCAGAUUCUCGGUUCUAAAAGGUAAUUACUUUUCAUUAUUUCCUUACAAAUAGAUUUGCUCAGCACUUUGCACUAAUAUAAAGCUCAGAUUAAUAAUUAACUGCUAAAUUAAUCCCUCCCAACUUCCCUGUAAAGUAGAUUAAAAUUAUAUCUUGUGUUUUGCAGAUUCUACUUGAAAUUUUUUUUCCCUAAGAAAUUGUUUACAGUUCUUUAAGUCAAUAUACAGCCUCAAAACUUUAUGUAAAAUUUCUAGGGAACACACACAAACACUUUCUAUUUCAGCAUGAAAGUGGAAUCUCCCCGCCAGGUCCUAACAUUAGGAAAAAACAGAAUAGACGAGGCAGAGACAGACACGUAGCAAAAUUUUCCACACUUUUUAAAUCAACCACUGACAUUUUGAGAGAAAAUCUCUGCAAUAUUUUGCUUUCCAUUGUGUUUAAUGCAAAGCAAGUGCAGAUACAGAAAUCACUGUCUUGGUGCUCCCCCUUGCAACCAUUGCCAAUGCUGCAGCGGUCCCCUAACCACAAGGGACUCCCCAGCCUUUCCCUGGGUGAAUGCUCACAACCGGUAGUCCCUACACAAGGUCAAAAGAUCAAAAAACACGAUCAUGGCCAGGUGCAGAGCUCAGGAAUGUUUAGCUUCCCACCUUGCACUUAUUUAUUUUCAUAGGCCUUAUUGUUUCUCAGGGAAAUUCCCCAGCUUUCCUUCUUCUCCUGCAAUAAAUACAUCACUGACAAUGGCUCAAGUCAUGUUCUCGUAGAUUCGGACUUUACACUCUCAACUGCCAGGUCUCACAACUACCACCCAGCCAUUCUGCAAUGGCCAGGCUUCACUCUCUGCAACUCUUUCUCUUUCCUACCUCACCUCAUGGGACUUCCUCCAGUUUCCACUUCUUGGCCAGAAGUGACAGCAAAGCUCAAAUGCCUAGUUCAUGU